GGCAGCAGCGACGGUGACGGCGACAACGACUUGGUGAUACCCUGCUACAGCAUCAUUCUGCUCUGCGCCGUGGUUGGCAAUCUGCUGGUGGUGCUCACCCUGGUGCAGAAUCGCCGCAUGCGCACCAUCACCAACGUCUUUCUGCUCAAUCUGGCCAUCUCGGACAUACUGCUGGGCGUGCUCUGUAUGCCCGUCACACUCGUUGGCACUCUGCUGCGCAACUUCAUCUUUGGCGAGUUCCUCUGCAAACUCAUUCAGUUCUCUCAAGCCGCCUCUGUGGCCGUCUCCUCGUGGACGCUGGUGGCGAUAUCCUGCGAGCGCUACUACGCCAUUUGCCAUCCGCUCAGAUCCCGCACCUGGCAGACGAUCAACCAUGCCAACAAGAUCAUCGCGUUCAUUUGGCUGGGCAGCCUGGUCUGCAUGAUGCCCAUUGCGAUAUUCAGCCAGCUGAUGCCGACCAGUCGCCAGGGCUUGCGCAAGUGCCGCGAACAGUGGCCCGUCGGCUCCUUGGGGUAUGAGCGCGCGUACAACAUCUUCUUGGACUUGGCGCUGCUGGUGCUGCCGCUGAUGGCUCUCAGCUUUGCCUAUCUGUGCAUCACGCGCACUCUCUAUGUGAGCAUGCGCAACGAGCGCGCCAUGAACUUUGGCAGCAGUGGCCCCGACGUCGGCCUCACCACCAGCAGCAGCAGCAACAACAACAGCUGCAGCGGCAGCCGUCGCGCCUUUGGCAGUUCCAACUAUCUGAUGCGCAUGCAGAUGCGGCAGGAGGCACUGGCCGCUGACAGUGCGGCACAGCUGGACAUGCUGCUGCAGCAGCAGCAGCAACAACAACAGCAGCAACAGCAACCAUGUGGAGCAGGCCAAUAUUAUUAUGCGGAUGGCUACGCACAUGGCGGUAGCAAACGUCGCUUGUUUGGCUCCUGCGAUGGACGGCGACAUCUUUACUGUAUGCGCAGUGCCUCGGUCAAGUCAGUGCGACAUCAGCAGCAGCAGCAGCAGCAGCAGCAGCAGCAGCAGCAGCAGCAACAGCAGCAGCUGCACCUCAGCGGAUCCGGCGACUGUUGCGGUCGACUACAGCGAAUGCGGCAACAGCAGCAGUUCUACAUGAGCUCAGGCAAGGAUGGAGAGAGACGCAAGUCGCUGUCCACGCCCAGUCUGCGCAUCACAGAGGCAACGCUGCGCAGAUCCAAUGAGAGCAAGAGCUUGGAGAGCAAGAAACGUGUGGUCAAGAUGCUGUUUGUGCUGGUGCUGGAGUUCUUCAUCUGCUGGACGCCGCUGUAUGUGAUCAACACAAUGACCAUGCUGAUCGGACCCGUGGUGUAUGAGUAUGUGGACUAUACGGCCAUUAGUUUCCUGCAGCUGCUGGCUUACUCCUCCAGCUGCUGCAAUCCCAUUACCUAUUGCUUCAUGAACGCCAGCUUCCGGCGCGCCUUUGUGGACACCUUCAAGGGCAUGCGGCUGUGCAACGGAGGCCGCUUUCGUUUCUGUCGACGGCGCUCCAACAACAAGACGAACUUGUCCGUUGCCGGAAAUUCGAUUGCACUGGCCAAUUCAGUGAUGUCUAGCCACACCAUACUGGAGAGUCCGCGGCUCUGAGGCAGUCGACGUCAGCAGACGUCUAUAAAAUUGCGUUCGCUGACGCGGAUGCCAGACAGGGAUAGGGACAGAGAUAGGGACAGGGAGAGCGUCCACAUGAGGGCGGGAUGUCGCACGAGCGUGGGGCUAAUGGAAACGGAGUCACUAUAGAGGACAACAGCUCCCUAAAGUAAAAGUAUGUGAUGUGCAUGAAACUGAAACUGUGGUUGUCAACGAUUCUACUCCAAGCGCUUCUCUUUGCUGGGUGGGCGAGAACACAUUCACAGUGAAUUAAUUUGAGCACUCCCGAC